AUGACAACCCCGACUCUGAUCAACCUUCCUCCUCCUCCAUCUGAUCCGGUUACCCCGACGGACAUGGGCCCAGGGACCCCAAACUCAGGGACAACUUCGCUCUCGGCUUUGUCCACCACCGCUAUUAAAGAUGGUCAUCAAGGCCAGCCUCUCCCUCACGGUCGCCAUGCUCACCAUUCCCAUUCGACUUCUACGACGUCGGCCACCACGCUGGAAGCAGAGAGGGCCGAUCGCAUCUCGCGUCUGGCAGGUUUGGAACGGGUGGCCACUGCACGGGCGGGUGGUACUAACUCGCAACCCAGCACUAGUAUGCCCCCAGCGACACACACGCCUGGCUAUUUCGAUAGUGGUAUUGGGAUGAAAGAGAGGAGUACGGUGGGUAGCGCCAGCGCUACCGGCAGCGUGGGUGCCCGCACAACCUGGGCCAGCGGUAGCGAUGCGUUCGACGCCGACAAGAUGAGCGAGGACCCGGAUGACGGGACAUCUAGCGUGGGCAACAUGAGUGACGAAGGGGACGCUAGUCUGGUCGGGUUUGGAGAGGGAGCCAGCACCGUCAGCGGGCCAAUCUCACACCCGGGUCUAAAUCGAACAUCUUCGGGAGGUCGGCCCACCUCGCUGGGAAGCCCCAAUAUGAAUCGAUUGAAUCCUAUUGCGCCAUACUCUCAACUCUCCAGCGACGGCGUUGCCGUGCCCCCUGCACUGUCACCUACGGGAUCGAUCACGCCAGAGCCAGUGCAGGAUGCCCGAAUGGUCGACGGAAUGACCUAUGACCCUGACGUGGUUGAUACAACGGUGAGGACCCCCCGGUUGGCGACUCCAUCUGAUGGAGGUAGCCAUGGCGAUUUAAGUAGUGAUCAGCGGUUGAGUUGA